GUUUGCUAAAUAUUUUUUUUAACUUUUAUAAUUACUAUAAGUUUAAAUUUUUACUGGCAUAAAAAACAUUAUCUUUAUAUUUUUAUGUUAACAUCUUAAAUUUCCUGUUUUCAUAAAAAAUAUAAUACCUAUGAUUUAGUUAAGUCAUGAAUAAGUUUAAAUAAGUAAACAUUAAAUUGGAGAUCAAGUUACAGUCCGGCAAGGCAGCCAAUUGUCAAAGUAGAGAAUUGAAAACAGUAAUUGGGCAGCACUUUUCGUCAAAUUCGGCUAAAUUUGUCAAAGUGUAUUAACAAUAAUAAACACACAAAAAUAAUAAUAUUAUAUUUUAUAAUCUAAGUUAAUUAGUAUUAAGUGAAAUAAAUAAAUUUUAGUGUCACACAUAAACAUUUCUUAUAAAUAACUUUUUAUAAGUUUUAAUGAGCGCUUGUCACUGAACAGCUGGCGAAUUUACAUUUCUCCAAUUCUCCAAAAACUGCUGGUUUCAUCUGCGUGCUGGAAUUUUUCAUUGACAAUAAGAAUUUGUUUAUUUAUAAAAAUUUUACACAGAUUUCAACAAACUAUCUACGUGUCUGCAAUUAACUGCAGACGCAAAAUAAAAGUUACUUGUAUUCCAAAAAUGGCAGAAGGAGGGAGUUGCAGUAACACCAGUGCCGUAAAUGGUGUGUGCAUUGAAAACGGUGCGGAAUCCCCCACUACGGAUGAGCAGUGGCGUGGUUGUUCGAUGGAAGAAAUACAUCGCGGCUUGAAUGAAUUCGAAUUAGAACAUGUACCGGCCGUGCGUCCCAGUGAAACGCAUACAGUGCUUUAUCAUUGUCCUAUACGUGAGCCCGACAAUGUGCCACCACGUCCAUUACGAGCGCAUCACAAGUGGGAUGCCACACAUGUGCGCCUGCCUUGUUCCAGUAAAAGUCAAUAUCCAGUUACAGCGGCAGAUGGCAGUUCUACAAUAGAAGCGCGUUGGGGAAUGAUUGAGAAAGCUUUACUGCAGCCUAUUACUAACAGUAAGGAAUUGCAAGCGGCUAUACUUUCUUACAAUACAAAAUAUGAAGGACAGUGGAAUUUUCGUUCACUACACCGUCUUUUUGAAGAUGAUUUAGAUGAGAGUGAAGCGCGUGUAUUUUUCGAAGAUUUGCUACCACGCAUAAUACGACUGGCGUUACGUUUACCUGAAUUGGUGCAAGCGCCUAUUCCUUUGCUCAAGCAAGGUCAGAAUCAUUCAGUGACAUUGUCGCAACAGCAGAUUUCUUGUCUCUUAGCCAAUGCGUUUCUCUGCACGUUUCCCAGGCGUAAUACUAUGAAAAAGCGCUCAGAGUACAGCACAUUUCCGGAUAUAAAUUUUAAUAGGCUUUUCCAAAGUGGUGGUAAAGCAGUUAUAGAAAAAAUUAAAUGUAUCUGCCAUUAUUUCCGACGUGUAUGUCCAACAGAACGUGAUAGCUCUAAUGUACCCACUGGUGUCGUGACAUUUGCACGUCGUAGUCUAGAACCCGCAGAUUUACCCAACUGGGCCGAAUGUAAAGCACCCUUGGGUGUUACACCUUUACACAUCACUGCUGAUGGUACUAUUGAAGAUCAGGGCUUUGGUUUGCUGCAAGUUGAUUUCGCCAAUAAAUUCCUUGGUGGCGGCGUACUCGGCGGUGGUUGUGUGCAAGAAGAAAUACGUUUCGUAAUUUGUCCUGAACUGCUUCUAACCAAAUUGUUCACAGAGUGUUUGCGUCCCACAGAGGCACUAUUGAUGGUUGGUGCUGAGCGCUAUAGUGAUUAUAGCGGUUAUGCAAGCACUUUUGAAUGGGCUGGUAAUCAUGAGGAUUGCAUACCACGCGACAGCUCAAGACGUCGUCAAACACAUAUCGUGGCUAUUGAUGCGCUCCAUUUUAUGCAAUCACAACAUCAAUAUCGGGAAGAUCUUAUAAAGCGCGAAUUGAAUAAGGCGUAUGUGGGCUUCCAACACACGUUAAUCACACCGGCACCAGGUGUGGCUUCAGGUAACUGGGGCUGUGGUGCAUUUGGCGGCGAUCCGCGGCUGAAGGCAUUACUGCAACUAAUGGUGUGCACCGUAACUCAACGACCGCUUGUAUAUUACACGUUUGGCGAUGCACAAUUGCGUGAUGAAGUACACCGCAUGCACACAUUCUUGCUGGAACAUAAUGUAUGUGUAAAAGAUUUGUGGAAUUUGCUCACUAGCUAUCAAAGUCAAAAUAUGGCCGGCAAUGAAUUGUACAACUUCAUCUAUGGUUGCAUUAGUAACACAUUAAAGCGCAGUCCGAAGACGAAGUUGACGUCACCAAAGAAUAAAACUAUGCGUAGUUUAUUGACAAGUUGGUUGAAGCCGAAACAAACCAGUACUAAGGAGAAGCCAAUUUCCGCAUCAGCGCCACGGCAAAUCAAUUUGAGUGAAGAUAUUUUUGCCUCCACUUCUGAGUCAGAAGUAGAAGCGAACGAAGAUGCGCCUGCAAUCACCAUAUCCUCAACCAGUACUUCGGUGAGCCCGCCAGAAAAAAAAGAAGAAGAAGCUAAGAAUACACCAAACAUCACUACUGUAGACCUUACAAACCAAUCACAAUCAAACGAUAGUGUUGCUAAUGUGUUGAAUAGUGAAGAAGUUGUACUUGAUAGUGUAGAAAACGCGCGUCCAGAAACACAAAUAACGAAUAGCAAAUAUAAUAAUUCAAUGGAAAAGCAAUUGGGAAAAUCGAAUGUUUCGCCGCCGUCUGAGAAGCCCACAAGUUCGCGCCAACGUUCGCUGCUAGAAAUGUUAGACCAAUGUUAUACAACAAAAUCGAAUAGCGGGCCGGAAACCAAGCGUAUAUGCCUAAGUAAAAUCAGCAAACCGAACACAAAAACACCGACAAAACAACAAUAAUGGUUAUAUACAUACAUAUGAAAUUUUACACACAAAAAAAUAGCAUGCAUUAAUGCAUAUUUUGUACUUUAAUAGAUGAUUAAAAAUUGUAAACUAUAUAUAUUAUAUAUAUAAUUGCCUAGCAAAGAAGUGGUUAACGCAUAAUUACAGCAACAAUUAAAGGGAGAUCAUGCAAGUAUUAGUGCUAGAGCAAAAAAUGCCUUAUAUACAUACAUAUAUAUACAAAUAUAUUUUGAUUCGAGCACCGGUGCAUUAUUGAAAGCUUUCGCUUGUGUGAAUGACGUCUUCGCUAAAUUUGUGUCGCGCAAUAACAACAACAACAAUCAUAACAAGCGCGUACAUCGCAAACAAAGAGCAUUGCACUCCUGCACAAUUCGCUAAAAAUAAAUGCAUACGGCAAUGUAAGAAACGCGACUGCGAAACAUGUGCGCCUGUUAUUGCCGUUACACGAUGCACUUGUGUACACAACAUGUUGCUUGCCAACUUACGUAGUAAGUAGCGCGUCGUUGUUGCGUAGCGUGUAGCGUUCGAGAAUACACUUGCAACUCAAGUUUUUUUGUUUAUACCGGCCAGAAUGUGUUGAAUGUUAACUUAAUUUAUUUAAAUAUUGUAGUUUGUUAUGACUGCCUCGAAGUGUAUGUAUGACGGCGUGAAGUGUGCAUAAUCAAGUGUCUGUUUGUUAAAAUUAAAUGUUUAUUGUGUUGUUAAAUAAAAGUUUGUUUACUAUCAUCUUAAAUAUAAUAUAACAAUAUAUUUUGCGGCGAUUAUAAUGUUUAUUUGUAUGCAUGCAGUCUUACUAUUGGCGAAAAGCUAUGGUGAUGCUUAACGAGUUGUAAUAAGUAGUUGCGUAAACCUUUUUAUAUCUUUUGAGUGAUUUUUUUUUUCAUUUUUUCACUUUUGUUAUUUUUAUCUUUUUUGCUAUAAUUAACUAAUAAGUGCAAUAAAGCGUACCGGUUGUUUUUAUCAA